AUGAUCAACCUCGUCCACACGCUACAGAUCUAUGCCCUAAGGUUGAUCUCCGUCAUCAUCAACCACACGCCUGCUUUCAUAUGGGCCAUCAUCGAGUUUGCCUCGGACAUAUGCUUCUUUUGGUUCAAAAGCAUCUACAGAAUGUAUCGGAGAAAGGAUCCGUUGAAGGAGUACUUGAAGCUUCUUGACAACGUCCAGCACUACCGGGAAUGGAAGCCGAUAGUCGGCGAGAUAGAUAAGUUGACCAACAUGGACUUGUGGAGACAGAACUUUAUCUCCAAGCAUUACGACUACAUACUUAUUAACGAGCGCACCAAGCUAUUGAGGGAGGCCAGGUUGUCGCAAGACUCUCCCCUUUUGAUGUCGUUACUCCGUUCUGGUUUGAUUCGUAAUUUCGGGGGAAUAUCCCAGAAAAGACUCUUCACAAAGUCCUACCUUGGGACCAAGCUUAAGAUUGAAGAGUACAUCGAAGAAGUGUUGAGAUGUCUCAACUACUUAAAUGAAUCCAUCACUUCUUCAGACGACACCUUCAUCAUGAACAGCAAACAGUUGAAAAUAGAUUUCUUUCACGACGCAAGGCAAUCGUUCGGGUGCACCGCAUUGCUUCUCCAAGGUGGCUCCUUGUUCGGCUUGUGCCAUUUAGGAGUUGUCAAGGCAUUAUACUUCAAAGGGUUGCUUCCCAGAAUCAUUUGCGGCAGUGCAGUCGGAGCAGCUGUAGCGUCGUUGGUUUGUACGCUAAAUAAUGAUGAGUUAAUACCGAUAUUGAUUUCAAUUUCGGAUAUCAUGAAAGAAAUUGACCUGUUAAACCACGAUGUUGAUGAGAGAUAUGGUAAUGUUAUUGAGAAUGUGGUUAAAAAAGGAUAUUCCGAAGAUAUCUUAAUAUUUCUAAAGUUCGUGAGAGACACAAUUGGUGACUUGACCUUUGAAGAGGCCUACUUAAAGACAGAGAAGGUGUUGAACAUUAUCGUCCAUCCAACUAACCAAGCAAUCCCAUCAUUAUUGAACUACAUCACUUCUCCCAAUGUCAUUAUAUGGACAGCAAUCUAUGCCUCCAUAGGAACGGGUGUAUUAUCUGAUAAUGUCCAGCUAUAUGUCAAGGAUUUCAACAAUAAUAUUGUUCCAAAGUCUCCACUUAAUGUUAAAUACCUCAAACCACAAGACGUGAGCUACCUGAGAGGAUAUUUCAAGACCAAAAAUGAAGGCUAUCAGCCUCAGAAGAAGAAUGAAAGCUCAAGUAGCUUUGAGACGAAAGAACAAGAAGAUUUUGAUGACUAUCAUUACUUCCAAUCAAAAGAGAACUCUCCGUAUACAAGAUUAACUGAACUUUUCAAUGUCAACCACUUCAUCAUCAGCUUAGCAAGACCUUACCUUGCUCCAUUGAUUAGCAAUGAUUUGAAACAUUACCACUCUUACGGAAAAGUACGUUACGAAAGAGGACGCAAGCCCUCUGGAAAAGGAUUAUCCCUCAUAAGCAUGGGAUCCACGAAUGACACUGAGACGGAUACGGAUACUGGAAAGGACGAUAUGCAAAUAGGUAAGGCCAUCGUGGAGGAAAGGUAUACAAAAGACACUAAAACCCAUGGUUUCAAAUUAAUCAAAACCUUGAUUGGGAUGGAAAUUCAACACCGUUUGGUUGUGAUGAACAAGCUCGGUAUGUUAAAUGAAGUUAUGAAACGUUUCUUCAUUGAUGAAAAGCCUUCAUCUCUACAAACGCUUUCAAGUAUAAGGGAGGUUACUAUUGUUCCUGAACUCAAAUAUUUAGUAAAGGACUUUGGUAGAGUGUUUGAUGUUCACAAAACCAUGGAAAACAUCCCAUAUUGGAUUCUGGUCGGUGAACGCUCUGUUUGGCCAUUAUUCCCAAUGCUUUGGACAAGAUGUGCAAUCGAGUUCGCAUUGGACGAUUUAUACAAUCUCCACAGAAAGAGAGGCCAAUGA